AUGAGCGACGACGAAACGCUCGGCCCCUGUCCAAGUCGUCGGUCUGUCUUGAAUCUCCUGCUCGACCAGGCCCGCGUCGACGACUCUGUUUUGCACCAUCAGUACCGUGGCAAGGGAACUCCCGAGGAUCCCUUCAUUGUAGCUUGGAUACCGGACGAUACGGGAAAUCCUCAUAAUUGGCCGAAAUGGCUGCGUUGGAUGAUAACCAUGGUUUCGGCCAUGACGUGUUUUGUUGUUGCUUUCAGUUCGAGCGCAUACACAGGAACUAUGACGGAACUGAUGAUACACUUUGAAGCCAGCCAGACGUUGAUCACCGGAGGCGUCUCAUUAUACGUUUUGGGCUUUGCCCUUGGCCCUCUCAUUUGGGCACCGCUUUCCGAGAUAUAUGGCCGACAAAUUGUCUUCUGCGUCAGCUACGGCGCCUAUGCCGUGUUCAGCGCUGCAUGCACAGCAGACCGAAAUGUCGCGACUCUCUUGGUUCUGCGAUUCUUCGCGGGCGCGUUCGGCUCGUCGCCACUUACAAACGCCGGAGGUGUCAUCUCGGACGUGUUCGAGGCCAAUGAGCGCAGCAUUGCCAUGGGCGUCUUCUCGCUUGCUCCGGCUAUGGGACCUACAAUGGGCCCUUUUAUUGGAGGCUAUCUCGGCAUGGAUGAGGGGUGGAGAUGGGUUAUGGGCUUGAUGGCCAUUCUCGCGGGCUUUUCUUGGAUGCUAGGCGUCUCCUUGGUCCCCGAAACCUACGCCCCUGUGAUUCUCAGGAAACGCAGCCGAGUUCUUUCAACCGAGACGGGCAAGGUCUUCAAGACCGAACUUGAAGUGCAAGACGCGAACACAUCGGCAUCCAAGAUCCUCAGAACCGCCCUCAUUCGGCCCUUCGCCCUGCUCUUCGCCGAGCCCAUCGUCCUCAUCCUGUCGAUCUACACCGCCAUCCUCUACGGCACGUUGUACAUGCUCUUUGGAGCGUACCCGGUCGUGUUCCAGCUCGAGAGGGGCUGGACUCCUGGCAAGGGAGGCCUGGCAUUUCUGGGCAUUGCCGUGGGCAUGUUCGCCGCCGUACCUACUGUCGCAUUGAUAAAUCGCUGGUAUAUCAAGAAGUCGGCCGAGGUUCCCGACGGUGCGCUCGUGCCCGAGUUGCGUUUGCCGGGAGGCAUGAUUGGCAGCAUCUCGCUCCCGGCUGGAAUGUUUUGGUUUGCCUGGACAACAUACCGCUCCGUACACUGGAUGUCUCCCGUCGCAGCUGGCGUGCCGUUUGGAUUCGGCUUGACACUUAUUUUCACCGCCGUCUUCAGCUAUCUCAUCGACGCCUACACCAUCUACGCGGCGUCUGCACUCGCCGCCAACACCGUGCUGCGGUCGCUAUUCGGAGCCGCAUUCCCCAUGUUCACGAAGCAAAUGUACGAUAAGCUCGGGACGCAAUGGGCGAGCUCGCUCCCUGCGUUUCUUGCUCUUGCAUGUAUCCCGGUGCCGUUUGUUUUAUGGAAACACGGACCGGCGAUACGGAAGAAGUGCAAGUACGCCGCAAGGGCUGCUGCUGCGGCGGAAUUAGAUGAUAGAAUUGAGAGCAGCUAA